AUGCGACCGCAUCGACCCUUGAUUGUACUCUGGCCGCUUCUCCACUGCCUACUCUAUUUCCAAAGCGCAGCCGGUCUUCCACCGAUUGGCGGAGUGGCACGAGGGGUCGUCCAAAGCCUGGAAGCUGCAAGUUUCCAUGGGUCCGCCCAGGGCGCAGCAUCCUUCCAUUCCGACAACUUGCAUCUGACGUCGGCCGCUGCACCUCUGCAGGAAACUGCACCCUCGCAGCGUCUUCCACGUCCGGCUCUUGACCAUGGCGUCGAGUCGCUCCGUGCGGACCACGACUAUCGACCUGAUAGCUACCAUGCCGCCUUGAGCUCGGGCGGAGCUCCGUCGCAAAAGCCUACACACGCCGAGCAAUACUUGGAUGACGAUGAAUUCGACCGUCUCUUGGAGCAGUUCUUCGCAGAGGACGAGUAUCCAGUUGCAGCCGUCGAUGCCGGCCAUAGCGGCCCAUCUGCCUCGAAUGCAGGCGAAGACUUGUCGUCCACCGACGUCCAAGACUCGAGCCCCGAUCUCUCUUCGUCGCCUCCCCGGCGGUCCCCGGAUUUCAUGCCUACUCGACAAGGGGCCAGACUCGCAGCACCUGCGAUCAAGACGAGGAGAUCCCGUCUCACCUACAGGUACGGGAACGAGGCCAUGUUCGAAGCCAUCAAGGUCGAGCUCCUCGACCGGCUCCGAAGGUACGCGGGCGUGUCGCCCCACAGUCUCGACGAGUAUGUGCUGUCUCAAGCAGCAGUCAGACCUGCAGACACUCGGGCGAUCCAGCGACGCCUCUACGACUGGUACACGCUUCCGGUCUCGGACCUUUCGAAGUCUCGCCUGCUCAAGGACAUCGAGUGGUCAGGACCGGCGCUAGGUUGGCCCAACGGCGCAAGGUACACUAUCAGCUUCCACCCCAAGUACCGGCAAACGCCGUACAUUCAGGCGCCGCCAUCGUUUCCCUUUCGUGUCUUCAGGGCCGUGGCCAAGCCGCAUGACGGUGCACGCAGAGAGAUAGUCUAUGUCGGCGACUUCUCCUUGCCUGCACAGCUGCUGCUCGACUAG